UAAAAUUAAGUAACGUUUAAGAGCUAGGAGAAUUAAUGUCGUAAAUUUAGUUUCCUUUGAAUUCUCACGUCCAAAACAUCUUCUCUCCCUCUCUCUCCUCUUUCGGUUUCCAUUACUGCACGGUUAAAUGCCUGACAAAAUAGCUGUUUCUUAUAGUAUUUCAUUUUGCAGCCAUUUAUUGAUGAACAUUUUAAUGGCAAGUCAACUUCAAGCGAAUUUGAGGUUCCACUUCAUUGAUGAGAAGACAGUUUUCUGUCAAUUCGGGCUCCCAUUCCGCCACUGUGGAGUUUGACAAACUCCUUGAAUUUGAGCUUCAUAUCACAAUCAUUGUUGCUAGCAAAUAAUGGAUUCAAGAAGCUUCUUGGAAAAAUUCUUUCUUUGAUCUGGAUGCUUUCAACUUCUUGUUCUGGUAUUUGAGCAUGGACUUCAAGAGAGAGAAACAAGUUAGGUUCCAAAAUGAAGAAAAAGGAAAUCUUGAUGUUUCAUGGGAGAAAAAUGGGCAUGAAAAAAAACUACCUAUGUACAAAAACUCAAAAAACCCAUGGAAAUCUGAUGUUGGAUUUGGGGAGAACAAGGUUCCUAAAUUUGGUAGGUCUAAGGUUUUCCCAGAAGGUCAGGAGCCAGAAAAGAGAAGAAUCUUGGAUCCUGGGAGUGAUCUUGUGUUGAAAUGGAACAGGAUUUUCUUGUGUUCUUGUUUGGUGGCACUCUUUGUGGAUCCCUUGUUUUUCUAUCUGCCUUCUGUGCUGAAUCAGGUCACUGGGAAUUCUUCAUGUAUGCAUAUAGACCUAAAUUUGGGGAUAGUUGUGACCUGUUUUAGGACAUUGGCUGAUGUGCUUUAUCUGCUGCAUGUGAUUAUCAAGUUUAGGACUGCUUAUGUUUCUCCUAGCUCAAGGGUGUUUGGCAAGGGUGAACUUGUCAUGGAUCUUGACAAGAUUGCAAAGAGGUAUUUGAGGUCUGAGUUCUUGAUCGACGCCAUUGCAGCCCUUCCUCUUCCUCAGAUUGUGAUAUGGUCGAUAUUGCCAGCGAUCAGAAGCUCCCACGCUGAUCACACGAACAACGCGUUGAUACUGAUUGUCCUGCUGCAGUACAUCCCGAGAUUGUAUCUGAUCUUCCCCUUGAGUUCUCAAAUCAUCAAAGCUACUGGCGUCGUCACAAAGACAGCCUGGGCCGGUGCUGCAUACAAUUUGCUGCUCUACAUGCUAGCAAGCCAUGUGUUGGGAGCUUCCUGGUACGUGCUGUCUAUUCAACGGCAUGCUACCUGUUGGAAAUCAGCUUGCAGGGCCGAGACUGCUAGCACCGGAUGCUCUCUUGAUUUUCUGGACUGCGGUGCUUUGCUCCGUGGUGACAGACAAAAAUGGGCGAAUACCACGUACGUGUUCAAAAGAUGCAACCCCGGUGAUACUACCUACUUCAACUAUGGCAUUUUUGGAAAUGCUGUUGCCAACAACGUUGUCUCAUCGGAUUUCGUGGAGAAAUACUUCUACUGUCUAUGGUGGGGUUUGCAGAACUUGAGUUCUUAUGGGCAGACAUUGGCAACAAGCACUUUUAUUGGUGAAACUCUGUUUGCAAUACUCAUUGCUAUCUUUGGGCUUGUUCUGUUUGCACAUUUGAUUGGAAAUAUGCAGACCUAUCUGCAAUCAAUCACUGUGAGGCUCGAGGAGUGGAGGCUUAAGCGACGCGACACCGAGGAAUGGAUGAGGCAUCGUCAGCUGCCACAGGAUCUGCAGCAGCGUAUCAGGCGUUUCACGCAGUACAAAUGGCUAGCCACGAGGGGAGUUGACGAGGAAUCCAUCCUGCGCGGCUUGCCCACUGAUCUCUGUCGCGACAUCCAACGCCACCUCUGUUUAGACCUUGUCCGCCGUGUACCCUUUUUCUCACAGAUGGAUGGCCAGCUCCUAGACGCCAUAUGCGAGCGCCUAGUGUCGUCCCUGAGCACCCAGGGGACGUACAUUGUCCGUGAAGGUGAUCCGGUGACGGAGAUGCUCUUCAUCAUCAGAGGGACGCUGGAGAGCUCCACCACCGACGGAGGCCGGGCAGGAUUCUUCAACUCGACAAUGCUGAGGCCCGGUGACUUCUGUGGGGAGGAGCUGCUCUCGUGGGCUUUGCUGCCGAGGUCUACCCUAAACCUGCCCUCUUCAACUCGAACGGUUAAGUCCCUCACCGAGGUGGAGGCGUUCGUGCUAAGAGCAGAGGACCUUAAGUUCGUGGCGAAUCAGUUCAGACGCCUCCACAGCAAGAAGUUGCAGCACACGUUCCGUUACUACUCCCACCAUUGGAGGACGUGGGCCGCCUGUUUCAUCCAGGUGGCGUGGAGGAGGCACAAGAAGAGGAUGGUGGCCAAGAGCCUAAGCAUGAAGGAGUCCUUGCGCGUAUCUGAUGAGGGGCAGGGGCAGGGGCAGGGGCAGCCACACGAUGACUACGAGGGAGAGGAGGAGGAAUCCGCUGCCUCCACACCGCGCCAGCCAGCAAUGCAGGGCCUCGGAGUAACCAUACUGGCUUCUAGAUUUGCUGCCAACACGAGGAGAGGAGCGCUCAAGGCGAAGAACGUGCAAUUGCCCAAGCUGCAGAAGCCCGAGGAGCCAGACUUCUCAGCUGAUCCUGAUGAUGACUAGCACCACGCUGCCUUGGUCGAACUCAGCAGACCGUGUUUUGGUAGGCUCGAUCACACUAGGUCAAAGACACGGAUGCCAUCCACGAAGCAUUCGUCAGAUAGUACGCGUAUCUUAAGCUACUAUUAUACAAGUUCUUGUACAGAAAAACACACCAGAGCUCUUGAGAUUGUGGGGCAAAUAUUUUGAUACAGGCUAAUGCACAGUUGAGAAUUUGUCAAUGAAGUAUUUUUUUUUUUUUUUGGUAGAAUUUUGUAUCAGAAUACUUGCCUUUGUUAAGACUGUUGCUAUCUAACUCCAGAUUGAACA